AUGUACUGGAAUAAUAGCAAUGAUGGGGUCGUUUUGGAGCACCUUGCAAGAAAGUUUCUUCUUAGAAUAUUUUCUUUCUUGGACAUAGUUACUUUGUGUCGAUGCGCACAAGUUUCCAAGGCAUGGAAUGUUUUAGCUCUGGAUGGAAGCAAUUGGCAAAGAAUAGACCUCUUCAACUUUCAAACCGAUAUAGAGGGUCGAGUUGUGGAAAACAUAUCGAAAAGGUGUGGUGGGUUCCUGAGGCAACUUAGUCUGAGAGGAUGUCUUGGUGUUGGAGACUCCUCCUUAAAGACCUUUGCACAGAACUGUAGAAACAUCGAACACUUAAAUCUAAAUGGGUGCACAAAAAUCACUGACAACACGUGUUACAGUCUUAGCAGAUUCUGUUCCAAGCUGAAACAUCUGGAUCUGACAUCUUGUGUAGCCAUCACAAACAGCUCUUUGAAAGGCUUAAGUGAGGGUUGCAGAAAUCUGGAACAUUUGAAUCUUUCCUGGUGUGAUCAGAUUACGAAGGAUGGUAUUGAAGCACUGGUGAAAGGGUGUAGUGGACUAAAAGCUCUAUUUCUUAGAGGUUGCACACAGUUAGAAGAUGAAGCAUUGAAACACAUUCAAAAUCACUGUCAUGAACUUGUGAUCCUGAAUUUGCAAUCCUGUACUCAAAUUUCAGAUGAAGGCAUUGUAAAAAUCUGUAGAGGAUGCCACAGACUUCAAUCACUCUGUGUUUCAGGCUGUAGCAACCUUACAGAUGCUUCUCUCACAGCACUUGGUCUAAACUGUCCAAGGCUGAAGAUUUUGGAAGCUGCAAGAUGUUCACAUCUUACAGAUGCUGGUUUUACCCUUUUAGCACGGAAUUGCCAUGAGCUGGAGAAGAUGGACUUGGAAGAGUGUGUUUUGAUAACUGACAGCACGUUGAUACAACUUUCUAUACACUGUCCUAAGCUACAAGCAUUGAGCUUAUCUCACUGUGAAUUGAUCACUGAUGAUGGGAUUCUGCAUCUGAGCAACAGUACUUGUGGUCAUGAGAGGCUGCAGGUUCUGGAGCUUGAUAACUGUCUCCUCAUCACUGAUGUGACUCUGGAGCACCUGGAGAACUGCCACAACUUGGAGAGAAUUGAGCUGUAUGACUGCCAGCAAGUGACACGAGCUGGAAUCAAGCGGAUCAGAGCUCAUCUACCUCAUGUGAAAGUUCAUGCUUACUUUGCCCCAGUAACUCCCCCGCCAUCAGUAGGAGGGAGCGGACAGCGCCUCUGCAGAUGCUGUAUUAUUCUCUGACAGUAAGUGCAAGCACACAGAAAAUUUCAUUGUUGAUGGUGUUGAAGAGAACGGGACUGCAAGGCAGCGGAAGGAGUUGGUUUCCUGA